UCGCCAAACCGCCAAAGCUUGUGGCGCGAUGUCCUCUGGGAACUGUAGUAUAGUUGGAGGGGCCUUUUAGGAGUCUCGUGACUGCAGACGCACGGGCUGCGGACUACAACUCCCGACGUCCACCAUGAGGGCCACUGGGUGGGAAGGGCCCCCCGCGAGCUCUGUCCGGGGUUCCAUGCUCCCCAAUGACAGCAGCGGCAGCAAGCAGGCGGGCGCUUCUCCGGCGCCAGGGCCUCCUGUUCCCCGAGGGGCGACACUGGACACUUCCCCACGUGACUCCCAUCCCUUGGUCCCAGGUCUGUGCAUGGCGAAGUCUCCGGAGAACUCUACCCUGGAGGAGAUUCUGGGGCAGUAUCAACGGAGUCUCCGGGAGCGUGCGAAUAGAAGCAUUCACCAGCUGCAGAGUGCCCUGAGAGAAGGUGACGGUGGUGUUGGAGAAGGCGCACCAGACGCCCCGUGUGGCACCGGCGUGGAAAGUGAGGACCCUGGGGCAGCCUGGCAGGAGCUGCAGUACAGCCAUGCCGUCAAUCAGCUGAAAGCUCUGUUGCGCCAACAGGCAACUAAGGAAAGUGAGGUGUCUCUAUCGAGAAGGCGAAAUGCAUCCCCUCUGAGGUCAUCAGAGUCCGAGGAAGCCAAUAUGCCUACUGUAUACAAUCUCGUUCCUAUCGUCAAUGACCAGUCUCAAUACAUUCAUCAUUUAGAGGCAGAAGUCAAGUUCUGCAAGGAGGAACUCUCUGGAAUGAAAAAUAGGGUUCAAGUAGUUGUGCUUGAAAAUGAAAGACUCCAACAAGAGCUGAAAUCUCAGAGACAAGAGGAAUCAAUGAGGGAACAAACACUUCUGGAUGCAUCUGGAAACCUGCAGAAUUCUUGGAUUACAACAGGCGACGGCUCUGGGAUGAAUGAAGGUGCCAAGAGGCGAUUCUCCCAGGGCAAUGCAGAUGCAGUCAAAGGUCCAUCGGCUGGUGAGGCUGAGAAAUGGAAGCUAGAGCUGGAGAAGCUAAAACUUACUUAUGAAGAAAAGGGUGAGAUCCUGGAAUCGCAAUUGAAAAUCUUGAGGAAAGACCUAGCUGAAUAUCAGAAAACCUGUGAAGAUCUUAAAGAGCGACUAAAGCAUAAAGAGUCUCUUCUCGCUGCUAAUAUGUCUAACCGUGUGGGUGGCCUUUGUUUGAAAUGUGCUCAGCACGAAGCUGUUCUCUCCCAAACCCAUAGUAACGUUCACGUGCAGACUAUUGAGAGACUGACCAAGGAAAGGGAUGACAUAAUGUCUGCGCUGGUCUCCGUCAGGAGCAGCUUGACAGAUGUGCAGCAGAGAGAAGCCGGAGCUUAUGAGCAGGUGAAACAAGCCAUGCACAUGACUGAGGAGGCCAACUUCGAGAAAACCAAGGCUUUAAUCCAGUGUGAGCAGUUGAAGAAUGAACUGGAAAGGCAGACAGAGCGACUGGAAAAAGAACUCGUGUCUCAGCAAGAGAAAAGGGCCUUUGAGAAGGAGACGAUGAGAAAAGAAAUAACGAAGGAACGGGAGGACCUGGGAUCAAAGAUGUUGUCCCUGUCUCAAAACAUUGCCCAACUGGAGGCCCAAGUUGAAAAGGUUACGAGAGAGAAGAUUUCAGCUAUUAAUCAGCUUGAGGAAGUUCAAAACCAGCUUGCUUCCAAAGAAAUGGAUGUCACGAAGGUGUGUGGGGAAAUGCGCUAUCAGUUGAAUAGAACCAAAAUGGAGAAGGAUGAGGCAGAGAAGGAACACAGAGAGUACAGAACAAAAACUAAAAGGGAUCUUGAAAUUAAAGAUGAGGAAAUAGAGAAAUUGAGAUCAGAAGUGAGUGAAAGCAGGCAGCACUUGGAACAGGAGCAGCAGAAGGCAGCCCGGGCCAGAGAGGAGUGCCUGAAACUGACAGAGCUGCUGAGCGAAUCCGAGCGCCAACUGCACCUCACCAGACUGGAAAAAGAUAGCAUUCAGCAGAGCUUCAGCAACGAAGCAAAGGCCCAAGCCCUUCAGGCCCAGCAAAGAGAGCAGGAGCUGACACAGAAGAUACAGCAAAUGGAGGCCCAGCACGACAGAACUGAAAAUGAACAGUAUUCAUUGCUGACCUCCCAGAAUACAUUUUUGAUAAAGUUAAAGGAAGAGUGCUGUACAUUAGCCAAGAAACUGGAGCAAAUCUCUACAAAAAGCAGGUCUGAAAUCACUCAGCUCAAUCAAGAGAAAAUGUAUACAUACAACAAACUGGAAAAGUUACAGAGGAGAAACGAUGAGCUGGAGGAACAGUGUGUCCAACACGGGAGACUGCAUGAGAUAAUGAAGGAAAGAUGACUGAAUGUCUUCGGGAAUGCUGUGUGUCUUCUGUGAGCUGAACUGCACAGCAUGGCAUUUUAGAGAAGUAGAGACACCUGAGAGAUGAGUGUGACCCCCUGGUCUCAGCAUCUGCCUUUCGCCCUCCAUCCCUCCCCACAGCAGACGCUUUCUGGGUAAGGAGACAGGCCCAGAGACGGAAGGUUCGGGGAUUGACUGGAAUCUGUGAUUUCUGACUGCUGCUCUCGUGUUUUCUGCCGAACUCACUCACUGACUGACUUACCGGUUUCCAGAAGGAGGGAGGUGGGCUAGAAGUGAUCAUCAAAAGCGAAAUAGUACGUGCAGGUGAACAGAUGUUUAGGAAAGCCGGCUAAUCCAGAAAGCUCAAGACCGGAAGUUGGAUGGUUAAUCCAAAGGUCAGGAACUCAUGAUCUCUGUGUUGGGCUGAGACAUUUUCUUUAUGUACGGACCACCCGAUUUUCUGUGCCACAUCAUUUUUUUCUGGGUACACCCCACCCAAAUUCAUCUUUUGAUGCAUCCAAUUUUGGUUUCUUGAAACCAGCCAAGGACAUAAGGCAGGCUCCCUGCAGAAUUUGCUGUUUCAAUGACCCUCUCCCGCCAAGUCUUUUUUUUUUUUUUAAGAUUUUAUUUAUUUGACAGAUAGACAGCACAAGUAGGCAGAGCCGCAGGCAGAGGCAGAGGGAGAGGGGGAAGCAGGCUCUCCGCUGAGCAGGGAGCCCAAGGUGGGGCUUAAUUCCAGGACCCUAGGAUUAUGACCCGAGCCAAAGGCAGCCACUUAACCAGCUGAGCCACCCAGGGCCACCCACCCCGCCAAGUCCUUUUUAUGAUUAUCUCAUGCACGGAUUAACUUGACAGACUUAAAAACAAACAAACAAACAAACAGAAACACCUCUGCUUUGUUGAUUCUUUCUAAAUUAUUCUACUUUGUUUUCACUGAAUCAGCAAACUCUUUUUUUUUUACAAUCAGAUCUCUGAGUUCACCAAACGUUAAGUCAUGCUCAUGUAAGCAGCAGAACCAGGCUCGGGGGUACCAGGGAUUAGCGGUUGGCGGCCAAAAGCACUGAGUGUACCCUGUUCUUCAUUCAGUACCUUUACUAGAGACCAAAGCAAAGUGUUGGCUCACUCGAUGAUCAGGCCAAGUGGCUGUCCUUGAGAGAGCUGCCGCUCUACUUUGGAGGGAACCACUCGAGUCAGACAAAUGAAAAUGUGCAAAAUAGGAACUCACUCGUCCCAGAAGACGACUCCGCAGUGCACUCCCCAUGCACACUUUUUCUUCCCUUUGCACCGGGAACUUGGAGGCAGCCAACUUGGAGGCAGAAGAAAGGGAGCUUUCUCUGUCCCCUUUUUGCUUUCUCUUCCUCUGGGUUAAGAAGAGCAGCGUCACACCACCCAGAAGCUGGGCCAGUGGAACGUUCUUAUACGAAGCCAACUUCAAAGCAGUGGCCACUGUUCAGCCUAGAGAGAUUCACCACUGGCCCACAGAUUUGCGAGUGACCUGCUACUCAGUUCGGGAUGGGGGCAGCGGUGGGCAGGGGGUGCCGCAGCCCUGCUUUCCUUAGGGAGCUGAUCUCUUCCUGGCAUGAAAUCCUAGAAGGAGUGUUUUCUUAGGUCGGGCUGCUGAAAAUGCAGAUGGUUUCCAAACAGGUUAAAAUAGAUUCUUGAAUUGAGAACCCACGCCUGCUUUUUAUUUUUAUUUUUUUAAAUUUAUUUAUUUGACAGACAGAGAUCACAAGUAGGCAGAAAGGUAGCAUGCCUGCUUUUUAAAGGGCGCUAUGAAUGCAUUAAGUCCCGUUCCUAGAAUGCUAAUGAAUGGAGAAAUCAACAAGUAAUGAACAACUAACCUCUGUCUCCAUCGGGAGAGUGAAAUCUUUCUACUUUUUAUCAUUUUUUUGUGAUCCAAGCAUCCAUUCGUUUUCCUUUCUUGAUUAGGUCAUAGUAUUUGCCAACAUGAUUAGCGUACACAACUGCUUCACACACACACACACACACAUACACACACACAAUAAUGCAUUAUAGCUGCCUCCUCACCCCCUUGCUACGUCUGUUGUGGCCAGAGGGAUGGGGCAGCAUCUUUCCAUAUGGAUUUCAUAAACAAUCAGUUCCACAAAAUGUUCUUUGAAGAAAGCAAUACAAGAUUUACUUUGGGACAUAGUCCAUCAACUACACCUUUUCUUUGUUGGGGGGACAUGCAUUAGCAUAUGAAAGCCUUGAUACGUCUUAGCAAUAAUUGAUUCUUUGUAAAAUUGAAGUGGGCUUUCUUGAAAUAAUAAUAUAAAGAAGAACAUCAGUAAACCUUGCAGAUUUUACAGCUAAGAGGUAAGGACGUGGCUCGAAGGGUUCCAAUCCGCCCCAGGGGCCUGAGUUGAGAGACGGGUCACCCGUCUAGGCCUGGAAGUAACACCGUGGCACCUCCCUGAGGAUCGCGUGGUUUCUCGCAGUUCUGUGAUCAUCUUUCAUCCCUACCUCACGCGGAACCAGCCCUGGUCUUUAUCAUCACUGCAGUUGGUUUAGACCCUGCAGCGCGAUGUCAUGGCCAGCCCCAUGCUCUACCUCACAGGCAGGACGAGCUGCUCUCCACGGGCGCACGGGCAGGCCCUGCCCAGUACCAGGUCUGCCUGCUGGCCGUGAGCCCCAAGCUGUGGGGACUCCAGGCACCUGAGACUGUGUCGUGGAAUGACAGGCGGGCGGGGCCUCUCCAUGACCACCGGGGUGGUGGGGAGACUGUAGAUGGGCAAGGAGAAGAAACAUCUGUUUUCCUCUCAGUUCACAGGCUCCCCAAAGGGAUUUUUCGUUUAUGUUCUUCCUUCUUCUCGGGGCUCUAGAAUCAUUUCUGAGUAUCUACAGAAAGAAGGCGUGUGUGCAGGUCGUUAAUUUGUUCAUCCGGUGUUUAUACAUAUGCUCCUGAGGUGAGUCUGGACUGUGGCGAUGCCGAUUGUGGUGGCAGGGACCUGCGGCGGGCUUCGGAAUGAGCCCUGGGCUUCCAGAACACACAGGCUGGAUGUUCUGGCCUAUGUUGUCUGAAAUCUGGGAACUUUUCCUUCUCGGCGUCAAGACCUCUUGUUUCUCAAGAGUCAGGUCAGCUGUCAUCUUUUCAGGGAAGCCUUCCUCAACCACCCUCUGCAUUCCUCCGUGCUUUGUUCAAACUGCACUUUGAUCAAGGGCCCAGGACGUCCUAAUUAUUCUUUGAAUGACCGAUGGAGAGCAGGACCCAUAUGCUGGUCAUUUUUGUGUCUCAAGCAUGUCGCCCCAUACCAGGCACUGAGGCGACACUCACUCCGUGAAUCUGCAACGGUUUGCAUUUUCAAGCUCGCCUUUUUCAGCUGCCACAACUGAAGGAGGGGGAGCAAUCAUGAGCCCAAACAGAGUUUGAUGUGUAUGUGCAACUUUUUUUUUUUUAAAGAUUUUAUUUAUUUAUUUGACAGAGGAGAUUGCAAGUAGGCAGGGAGGCAGCCAGAGAGAGAGGAAGCAGGCUCCCCGCAGAGCAGAGAGCCCGAUGUGAGGCUCGAUCUCAGGACCCUGAGAUCAUGACCUGAGCCAAAGACAGGCUUUAACCCACUGAGCCACUUGGGCGCCCCAGGCGCCCCAGUUUUUAAAAAAAUAUUUUAUGACCUCUUAUCUAUAUCCUCAUGUUUGGAAAAAAUCUUCAAUAUGUGUAUGUCUAAUUACUGUCAUCACAUAAUGCAAAUCUAAAUUUUUAUUAUGUAAUGAUGUAUAUCCAGUGAGCACACGAUAAAUAUUAAUCACAGCCAUGAAAUAUGCUUUGAUCUCACUGAAACUAGAACAGCUUCUCAUCCUGUUCAGGCCAUUGGACUACUCGUUGUGUUAUUAGUUGGUCCUUAAGCUUUGAAGGUCAUGGUUAAUGGACCUGCUUGUUAGUGCUGUUCGCAGUUACGGAAACGCCUUCGACUUUACAAAUUUUAUGGCAGUCAUUUGGAAUGAGUUCUAUAUUUUUACAAGCUUUUGGUUUCCCCAGUGGCCUAAUAUAUUAAAGACUGACUGUUAACUUGCAAA